AUGGGUAAAACAAGUGCGGAACAUAGUAAAAACUAUUACAGAAGAAAAAAAGCUGCCAAGGAAGCUGAAAAAGCUCGUCAAGGCUUGUCAGUAAACAAGCCAAUAAGAAAAACAGCUGCAGAACGUAAUCGUGCCAAAAUGCGUUUACAAGUAGAAAAAUCAUCCGUGGCUGAGAUUUUAUCCACACCGUCAACUUCAAGUUCACGAAUAAGGACUUUUGCGCCAUCAUUUCGGUUAGCUACCAUCAGUGCUAGUACAAACCAACCAGAUGUCUCAACGCUGUCCAGUACUCGUAUUGCUGAUCAUAAUGGCGAUAAUUUAAACGAUUCCUUUUUAUUUGCUUCAACACACGAUAAUCGCAACUUUAUUUUUGUACAAGCUGAGGUGCAAAUGACUGAUUCUCCUGUGCCGUAUAAUCAAUGUACAUCAGAAAAUACUUUAUUAGCAGACAUGGGGCAAAACCGACUGCUUCAUGCCCAAGAAACUAUUCAGCAAUUAGCUGGUGCCUCGAAUGUACAUAUUUUAUCUACUCAAGACAUUGCACAUGAUCAGGAGCGUGAUAGUUUAAAUCAAGACACGAUUAUAGACCAGGAAUUACCUACACAAGACGGAGAAGCCGUUCCUUCCAAUUAUCUGGAACAGUUUAUUAAUACUUCUAUUGAUGAACAAAUUGAUAUGGACAUAGAUACUUCUUUACCGUAUAGUAAUUUUCCACGACUAAAAAGAGCUCAUCAGGAAUUUAAAAAAAAGUUUCUAGACAUUCCUUUUGCAUAUCCAUGUUCAGUAUGUAACAGAUUGUGGUUUCAAGAUGACUUGAAAAGUCCGUCUCCUGAACAUAUAGAAAUCUUAACACAAAUUAUACCUAAUACACCAGCGAAAAAUACGAAGCUUUGCAACACAUGCAUACAAGCGUUAAACAAGAAGAAUAUUCCUUCAAUGUCCACAUUCAAUGGUUUUAAAUAUCCAGAGAUAUACCUCGACAUCUGCCAACUUUAG